GAUGCUCUAACUGACAAGUCUAGACUUUUCUGCGAAGAAGCAAGAAGCCUAUUUUCAGGAACGCUGCCGGCCGGCCGGCAAAACCAACCGUCCGAGAAUGGCCGCCCCCGCCGCCGCCGCCGGAAGCAGCCUCUACAGCAAGACCCUCCUCAAGAGUGAGCAGCUCUACCAGUACAUACUGGAGUCCACGGUGUUCCCGCGCGAGCCCGACUGCCUCCGGGAGCUGCGCGUCGCCACCGCGACCCACCCCAUGGCCCGCAUGGCGGCGUCGCCGGACCAGGUGCAGCUGUUCGGCCUGCUGAUCGAGAUGCUCGGCGCCAGGAACGCCAUCGAGGUCGGCGUGUUCACCGGGUACUCGCUGCUCGCCACCGCGCUCGCCCUCCCCGACGACGGCAAGGUCGUGGCCAUUGACCUUAGCCGCGAGAGCUACGACGAGAUAGGGGCGCCGGUGGUGGAGAAGGCCGGGAUGGCGCACAAGGUCGACUUCCGCGUCGGGCUCGCGCUGCCGGUGCUGGAUCAGCUGGUCGCCGAGGAUGGCAACCUGGGCAAGUUUGACUUCGCGUUCGUGGACGCGGACAAGGCCAACUUCCACCACUACCACGAGCGGCUGCUGCGGCUGGUCAGGGUCGGGGGCCUCAUCGCCUACGACAACACGCUGUGGGGCGGCUCCGUGGCCGCGCCGGACGACGAGGCGCUGUCGGAGCGCGACCGGGAGCUCGCAGGGAUCGCCAGGGCGUUUAACGCGGCGCUCACCGCCGACCGCCGCGUGCAGGUGUGCCAGCUCGCCAUCUCCGACGGGAUCAUGCUGUGCCGCCGCGUCGCGUGAUCGAUCGGCACGUGUGUGGUCGAUGUUGAUGUUGGUGCUCCGUUGGAGUCGAUCGGCACGUACUGGAUUGGUCUGAAUAAGAAUAAGCACUGUUGCAAUA